GGCCGGAUGACGUCACGCGGCAGGGCUCCUCAGGCGGCGGAGCUGGGAGCGUGCGAGAGAGGGCGAGCCAUGGCCUGGGAAGGAGCCGCCGAGGGAUUUUUGAUGGACUGGGCCUGGAAGCAAAGUUGAUAGCCACGAUGGGGCAGAGUGAAUCAGAGCCACAGGAGGAGCCAGAGGAUGCAACCCUGACAGCUGUGCUUUCCAACAUCAAGCUCUUUGUGGAGGAUCAGCUUCAGACCAGCAUGGUUUUGGGCGUUGUAAUAGGAGUUGGGCUUUCUGUGCUCCUUGUUGCUGCUUUAAUCCUAGUGUUGAUCCGGCGGUUUCGCCUUCAGAAGGUUCAGGCUCAAGAGCAGCCCAAAUAUCGAUUUCGCAAGCGAGACAAAGUGCUGUUCUAUGGGCGGAAGAUCAUGCGCAAGGUUUCUCAAUCCACAUCCUCCCUUGUUGACACCACUAUCUCUGCUUCACGGCCACGCAUGAAGAAGAAGCUCAAAAUGCUAAACAUUGCUAAGAAGAUCCUGCGCAUCAAGAAAGAGCUGCCAACCCUUCAACUGAAGGAGCCACCCCCCUCUGUCCUGGAAGCGGAUCUCACAGAGUUUGACGUAGCCAACUCCCACCUCCCUUCUGAGGUGCUCUACAUGUUGAAGAACGUUCGGGUGUUGGGACACUUUGAGAAGCCCUUGUUCCUAGAGCUGUGCAAACACAUGACCUUCCAACAGUGUCAGCAAGGCGAGUAUGUCUUUCGCCCUGGUCAACCUGAUACCAGCAUCUAUGUGGUUCAAGAUGGAAAGCUGGAGCUCUACCUGUCUGAACAAGAUGGGAAAGAGACUCUAGUGAAGGAGGUGUUUCCAGGGGACAGCGUGCACAGUCUCCUCAGCAUCCUGGAUGUCAUUACGGGCCACCAAAGACCAUAUAGGACAGUGUCCGCACGGGUAGCUGAGGACUCCACAGUGUUACGUCUUCCUGUAGAAGCUUUCUCAGCUGUCUUUGAGAAAUACCCUGAGAGCCUUGUCCGGGUAGUACAGAUCAUUAUGGUGCGCCUGCAGAGAGUCACCUUCUUGGCCUUGCACAACUAUCUUGGCCUGACGAAUGAGCUUUUCAGCCAUGAGAUGCAGCCACUGAGGCUUUUUCCCCAGUCAAGCCACACCUCCCGCACCAGUCCUGUCCGGCACAGCAAGCGGGUAAUUAGUGCCUCCUCCAUUGAGGAAGCCAAAGAUAGUGCUGGAAGGCAGCAGGACACUUCCCCCAAGGAGCAAGGUGACCCACUGAAGCCAGGCUUACUGGAGCCACCCGGGGCCCCACUGUUGAGUCGUUGCAUCUCCAUGCCAGUUGAUAUCUCAGGAAUCCAAAAGGGACCCCGUUCAGACUUUGACAUGGCCUACGAGCGAGGCCGCAUCUCAGUAUCUCUUCAGGAGGACAGCUCAGUCUUUGCCCGGUCAGUGUCUCAUGAGUCUCGUGACCGCAAGUCUGUGACAGUGGAGGAGCAACCUUCUGGUAUCUACCACUACAACUACUGUGAAGAUGACUCAGCAACUGGAGACUGCCCUUUUGGACCCUACCAGGGCCGCCAGACGAGUGCCAUUUUUGAAGCCGCCAAACGGGAGCUGGUCAAGCUCAUGAAAAUUGAGGAUCCCUCCUUGCUGAAUCAUCGGGUGUUGCUGCAUCAUGCCAAGGCUGGGACAGUGAUUGCUCGUCAAGGAGAUCAGGAUGUCAGUCUGCACUUUGUGCUUUGGGGCUGUCUGCAUGUUUAUCAGAGGAUGAUAGACAAAGCCGAGGAUGUGUGCCUCUUCCUGACUCAGCCGGGUGAGAUGGUGGGCCAGCUGGCUGUCCUCACUGGAGAACCACUCAUUUUCACUAUCAAGGCCAACCGCGACUGUACUUUCCUCAAGAUUUCCAAGUCUGACUUCUAUGAGAUCAUGCGGGAACAGCCAAGUGUGGUCCUGAGUGUCGCCCAUACUGUAGCAGCCCGUAUGUCUCCGUUUGUGCGCCAGAUGGACUUUGCGAUUGACUGGAUGGCUGUGGAGGCCGGACGGGCCCUUUACAGGCAGGGUGACAAGUCAGAUUGCACCUACAUUGUUCUGAAUGGGCGUCUGCGCUCUGUGAUCCAGAAGGGCAAUGGCAAGAAGGAGUUGGUAGGAGAGUAUGGCCGCGGAGACCUUAUCGGAGUGGUAGAAGCCCUGACCCGCCAAGUCCGAGCCACCACUGUCCAUGCCGUGAGGGACACAGAACUGGCCAAGCUCCCAGAAGGGACCCUCAACAAUAUCAAACGGCGCUACCCUCAGGUUGUUACUCGCCUUAUCCAUCUCCUGAGUCAGAAGAUCCUGGGGAACCUCCAGCAGUUGCGUGGCCCUUUCACAGGUCCUGGUCUUGGUAUGCCCUCCAGCUCAGAGUUGACCAAUCCAGCUAGUAACCUCUCAACCGUGGCAGUUCUUCCUGUCUGUAAUGACGUGCCUAUGGCAGCCUUCACGUUGGAACUAAAGCAUGCCCUGAAUGCCAUUGGUCCAACACUGUUGCUCACCAGUGACAUCAUACGGGCUCGCCUUGGGGCCUCGGCAUUGGACAGCAUCCAUGAAUACCGGCUGUCUGGUUGGCUGGCUCAGCAAGAGGACAUCCAUCGCAUUGUGCUGUACCAGACCGAUUACACCUUGACUCCCUGGACAGUGCGCUGCAUUCGCCAAGCUGACUGCAUUCUCAUUGUGGGCCUAGGGGACCAAGAGCCCACGCUGGGUGAGCUAGAGCAGAUGCUGGAGAACACUGCGGUGCGUGCUCUGAAGCAACUCAUCCUCCUGCACCGCGAGGACGGCCCAACUCCUGCCCGCACUGUAGAGUGGCUCAACAUGCGUAGCUGGUGUUCAGGACAUUUACACAUCAAGUGCCCGCGCAGAGUUUUUUCCCGACGCAGCCCCAACAAGCUGAGGGAGAUGUACGAGAAAGUCUUUGAGAAGAAUGCCGAUCGCCACAGUGAUUUCUCCCGGCUGGCACGAGUCCUUACAGGCAACACAAUUGCCUUGGUUCUAGGUGGCGGUGGGGCCAGGGGUUGUUCUCACAUUGGUGUGAUCAAGGCUAUGGAGGAAGCUGGGCUCCCCAUUGACCUAAUCGGUGGCACUUCCAUAGGAUCCUUUAUUGGUGCCCUGUAUGCUGAGGAGAGGAGUGCUGUGCGAACAAAGCAACGAGCCAGGGAGUGGGCCAAAAGCAUGAAUUCAGUGUUUGCAACAGUGCUGGACCUCACCUAUCCCAUCACCUCCAUGUUUUCUGGCUCUGCCUUCAAUGCCAGCAUUCACCAAGUUUUCCAGGACAAACAGAUCGAGGAUCUGUGGCUCCCAUAUUUUAAUGUGACAACAGACAUCACAGCAUCAGCCAUGCGAGUCCAUAAGGAUGGCAGCGUGUGGCGCUACGUCCGGGCCAGUGCAUCUUACACCCCCUAUUUGCCUCCUAUCUGCGACCCCAAGGACAGUCACUUGCUUGUGGAUGGCUGCUAUGUUAACAAUGUCCCAGGCUCGCUGUGGCGGUACGUGCGAGCUAGCAUGACCCUUUCCGGGUACCUACCGCCACUCUGCGACCCCAAGGACGGCAAUUUACUGAUGGAUGGCGGCUACAUCAACAACCUCCCAGCUGAUAUUGCUCGCAACAUGGGGGCCAAAACAGUCAUUGCCAUUGAUGUGGGUAGCCAAGAUGAAACCGAUCUAUGCAACUAUGGGGACAGUCUCUCAGGCUGGUGGUUGCUCUGGAAACGCCUCAACCCCUGGGCUGAGAAGGUCAAGGUGCCUGAUAUGGCGGAGAUCCAGUCCCGGCUGGCCUAUGUCUCCUGUGUGCGGCAGCUGGAGGUGGUGAAGACCAGUUCGUACUGUGAGUACAUUCGGCCACCCAUCGAUCGCUUCAAAACCAUGGACUUUGGCAAGUUCGACGAAAUCUAUGAUGUAGGAUAUCAGCAUGGAAAAGUGGUAUUUGGUGGUUGGUGCCGUGGAGACAUUAUUGAAAAAAUGGUUAAGGACCGGCAUUCGGCAGACUUCUAUGAGAGCAAGCGCAUGGAUGUGCUGAUGUGUCCUAGUGCGGGUUUCACAGACCUGGCAGAGAUUGUGUCUCGCAUUGAGCCUGCCAAGAGCUACCUCUCAGACAGCUAUGGAGAUGGAGAAGAAUCGGAUUACCUAACUGAGUACGAGGAAGAAGGGAUGGAUGCUGUGCGAGAAGAAGAAGGGCAGGAACUGGUGUUUUCUCCAGCAGAGCACAAUGGUGUCUUUGAAACAGAUGAAGAGAAGAGUCUGCGACACCGUCGAGGGACCCCAGGGCCAUCUCCUGCCCCUGUCACUACUCCCACACCUUGAGAAGACUUGCUGCUGAGCCUCUGUGACCAAAUAUAUAAGAGUAGGCAAAAGGAGUGCCCCCCCCCCAAAAAAAAUAACACGGUUUAACCUUUUGCUGCCUGGCAGGCAGAGUUGUAAACCUCCAGGACCCCCAAUGCACACUACUGCAAUGUCAGAAGGCAACCUGGUCCGGCUGUACACUUCCUAGCAUGAAGCAGAGUGCUGCAAAAUGAACAUGAUCCAUAAUCUUGGGCAAAGAUGGACAAGGCCCGAGUGCUGCUAUAUAGGGACGGGGCUGGCCACUUUACGGUUUGAACCCUUUCAGGACUGGAACUGUUAACAACUGGUUUGUUUGCUAAGGCGGAAGUGAGAGGUGGCUCUUGGACCUUGUUAGUCACUUUUCUCCAGCUUCCUGCUACUUGACCUGUUUGAGGUGUGUAUUGAUAGGGUGAGGGAACAGCACUUUACAUAGACUACACUCCAUUUUAUAAAGGAAGAGGAGGCAGAUCGUAGAUCAGCUGGUUGGUUUGGAGUUCUGUUAUCUCCUGUUCUCCUCCUAAACCCGGCUGGCUAAGAGAGGGUGCCAGGAUGAAAACCCUGCGGAGGGACCCUCAGCAACCUCCCUGCUCCUGUGCGAGCUCUUUCACAACAGGCAUGGUACAGAAGAGCAUUUUUUGUUUGUUGGCUAAUUUAUUCCUGCUUUAAACUGAGCUCCAGCACCUUUCGGCUUGUACAUUCCGAGGCCAGAGGUUUUAAGCUGUGGGCCACACUGACUGUUCUCUGUUUUCUAUUUUAAAAAGAGAAACAAAUGAAAAAAAAAGUUGUUGUCUUGUGUCAUAUAGGACGUAGAGUUGCUGCUGCUUUGGUACUGGCAGAUGUGUAAACACCUGGAAGGCACUAUCUUGCCUAUUCUUGAGAGAGGACAGAUUAGUCAGGUCAAUAUUUUUUGUCUUUCUUGAGGCAGAAGCUGAUAAACCUUUAGGUGCCUAAGAUUGA